CGUGCGUGCGCUGCUGUCUGCGGUUCGGCUCCGCCGUGUGACUGCAGCCGUCCUGCCCCCGCGCCGCUCCUUGUUGGACUUUCCUCUUUCAGUCAGCCCGCCAUCCCGAGUCUCUGGGUGUUCUCCCUUCUAACCUUUGCCCAAGGUGUAACUUUUCCUUUAGCGCGGUAGGUUCCGUGCAAGAAGGAAGGCUCGCCGGAGGUGGAAUCGGGAUUGUUUAAAUGGAUCGGAAUUGUUUAAAAUUGUUUUAAUUGUAAAGCAGGAGCCCCCCGUGCUGUGGCUGCCUCCGGGAGGUGUGCUGCAGUCCUCCCAGGCUGCGCGUGGCCGUGCCCUGGGGCGCCGGGAGGGUUCCGUGUCACUGCUGCGUGUGAUUGCAGCCCAAGGCUGGGGGAGAUCUGCCGUCAGAGCCGAAACCGACAAGCUGGAACUUCUCUGUCCCUUUCUGCUGACCUAUUGUUUGUGUACAGUACGUUUCGCUUCACUGUGUAAGUGUUUGUACCUUUUUAAGUACACAAACGCGCAGUGCUGUGUGCCUGUGUGGACGUACAGGUGUGUAAAUACAAGCGCAGUGGCCAGCUGAGGUCAGUAAGAUGCUGGAUGUGCAUUAAGUAAAGAGGCUCAAGGAGCCAAGGAAGUGUCGGACUCCGUGCUCCUCCUUUCUUGCUGAGCAGCUGGGCUGGGCCAUCACGUGCUUGGGGUGCACCACGGCAGGCUGCUGUUAGUGCAUCUGUGCAGACUGAAAAAUACUAAAGAUGGACAUUUCUUUUCGGCUUGGUGUGGUGCCCAGGGUGAUUUCUCCCCCAAAAAAGGAGAACAGGCCUCCCCCAAAAUGCAUCUUCACUCUUUUGUCAUAGGAUAGAAUCAAAAUUGCCAAUGUUGGAAGAGAUUCAAUAUCAUUCAGUCCAACCAUCUGCUUACUACCAAUAUUUUCCCACUAAACCAUGUUCCUAGUACUGUCUCUGUUCAUUUCUUGAAUGCUUCUGGAGAUGGUGACUCCCCCACUUCUCUGUGCAGCCUGUUUCAGUGCCUCACCACUCCUUCUGAGGUGAUGUUUUUCCUCAUAUCCAACCUGAACCUCCCCUGGUGCAACUUAAGGCCAUCUCCUGUUGCUAGUUCCAUGGGAGGAGAGGCCAACCCCCACCUCACCACAAACUCCUUUCAGGCAGUUGUAGAGAGAUAAGGUCUCCCUUGAGCCUCCUCUUCUCCAGACUGAACAAUCCCAGUUCUCUCAACCGGUCCCUAUGGGACUUGUGCUCUGUCCCCUCACCAGCUUUGUUGCUCUUCUCUGUACACAGUCCAGGGCCUCUGUCUUUCCUGUAGUGAGAGCCAAAAUUGCUUAGAUACAUGCAGUACUGUCCUUAAGGUAUGGAAUGGGGUUUGAUUUGCUGGGUUGCUUCCUCUUGGAUACAACUUUAUGAAGCAGCUGAGGACUUGUUGCCUGGAGCAGGGGAAGUGAAGUUAGUUCUCCUCUUCACUGUCCGUGCACACCAGACUUGAAGACGUGUGCUACCUUCAGGCCUUAUAGGUGAAGAUGCAGGAGCCUGACCUGGUUGCGAAAGCACUGCGAUCUGUUCUUCAUUCCAGUAAACAUGGCAUACCACUAUCAGAGCUUCAGGGUGAAUACAGAUCAUUAACUGGUGAAUGGAUUCCCUUCAGAAACCUAGGGCAUGCCACACUGGAAGCCUACGUGGCAAGCAUCCCUGGAGUGGUCAGGAUCGAGAGAAAUAAAACAGGAGAGGUGACUUGCCAUGCUGUUGCUUGCCCUGAGACCAUGCAAAUUGCUCAACUUGUAGCCCGACAGAGCAGUUUGAAGAAGAAAACAGGAAAGCAAGUGAACUGCCGGAUGAGGCUGAAGAAUACAUCCCCAGUCACACCAGUAGGAAAGCCGGAAGGAACUUUGCGGCAACCCAGGUCACUGAGCACACUGGAAGAAGGCAGCAAGAAGCCCAUCCCUCGUGUGCCAAGAGGCAGAGGUGCACUAUGCAUCACAACAAAUCCUACCAUGGAGAGUGCCUGGUCUGCCCCAGCUGCAGCCACUGGGAGUGGGUUGCCCAGAGAGAUCCCCAUGCAAAGACAUGUCACGCUUGUCAACAGGUCUGAGAAGAGACCAACUGUCUCACCACGAUUUCAAAAGGAGCUACACGUUCACCUGUCGAGAAGGUCUUCUGUUGAUUCAAAUGAUAACUUGAGUACAUCUGGUGUGGAGACGCAUACUGUUGCCUCUGGCCGUUCUGUUCCUAACAUCAGUGAGAUUCAAAACCGCAUUAAGGAGAUUUUGAGCAAGUACAGAAAUGGUGUUUGGAUGUCGAAGAUAGCACAGAUUUAUGAGGAUACGUACAGGGAAGAACUUGGUACAGCAGUGCUCCGUCAGCUUGAGCACUGGCCUCAUGUGUGCACAGUGGAGAAAGUAUGCACAGGGGAUCAGACAUACGGAAUUCUUUAUCCUACUAAGAGAAUACCGCCAGCAGUGAAAAGCAAUACAGAGCAAGACAAGGCAUCUCAGAAUGUCACAUCUUCAAAAGCAGACCCACUGUUAAAAACAAGCACGGAGGCUGAGCCUGCUUCAUGUAGUAGUGACUUCAAGCAAGAUGUUAUUAAUAUCUUGGUGAAAUAUCCCAGUGGUCUCUGGGCUGAUGCACUUCCCAAAUUGUACCAAGACACUUACCAACGAAAAUUUCCAGAAGGCAUUCUGAAUAAUCUGCAGUUGCUCUCAGAUGUAUGUGUGGUGGACUUUGUAUCUAAUGCCCCUCAGAAGGCCAUCCUCUAUGUGAAAACCCAAAGUUGCACUGAUGAGAAUCUGAAUGUUGCUGAGAAAGUCCAGAUCCCUGAUGGUGUGAAGGCCGCAGCUGAACAACAGCAUGAGGAGUCCAAGGAGCAGUAUCCAGAAAGUGUGUCAUCUGUUCCUCCUUUGAUUAUACCGUCAGAAGGACCUGUAUCCAUCUUGGUGAUAGAAGCAAACAACACUAAUGAGCUUAUCAUUAGAUAUGUGGGCAAAGAUUAUUCUGGCGCUCAGGAACAAAUGGAAGAUAAAAUGAAAGCGUACUAUAGUAAGAAUUCCACUGCAUCACAGAUUAAUUGUCCAAGCGUUGGGCAACUUGUUGCUGUACACACUGAAGAAGCCUGGCUCCGUGCUGAGAUAAUUUCUGUGGAGGACAAAAGAUUAAAGGUGUACUAUGUUGACCAUGGCUUCAGUGAGAUUAUUGAAAGCAAUAGGACAUACAGACUCCACAAACAGUUCUGCUCACUUCCAUUUCAAGUUGCAAAGUGUAAACUGGCAGGACUGGAGGUAUUUUGUGAUGAUCCUCUCCUACUAAAGGCUGUAGAAUUGCAGACAUACUGCAAAAUAUUUGCUGUGGAAAUACUGGAGAGGAGUGAAAUUCCUCUCUUUGUUCUGUAUGACACUUCUGGAGAAGAUGAUAUCAACAUCAACGCAACUUGUCUGAAGGCUUUGUAUGACAAGUCUUUUGAACUGAACCUACAGGUAGAUACACUAUAUACGAAUGUCAGAGUAACCAGUAUUCUCUCAGAUGGAAACCUGUAUUGUCAGCUGCCAUCUGAAGGCUUGUCUAAGCUUUCUGAAGUCUUGCAGAAAAUAGAAGACUAUUUACUUCACAAGGAGACAUCUGAGUUUAAUGUGUCACAACCUUUCUGUGGCAAAAUCUGCUUGUUUCAUUGCAAAGGAAAAUGGACGCGUGUAGAGAUAACAAUAAUUCAAAGUAGACGGGCGCUUGGUGUUCGCUUCAUGGAUACUGGAACAGUUGCAUAUGUAAAAGUAUCAGACCUUAGAGAAAUCCCAUCGCAGUUCCUGAGAGACGUAAUCAAAAUCCCUCCCCAGGCUAUAAAAUGCUGCUUAGCAGAUCUGCCUCCUGACACUGGCAUGUGGACUCCUGAGGCUGUGCUGUGGCUGAGAGACAAUGUAAUGGAUUAUCCUGAAUUCAGCAUGCAGGUGGUCAAGCAGGAUGGUUCAAAGGGAAUUGCACACGUUUACUUGUUUGCUCCGGAGGAUUUCCCAAACAUGGAUCGUAGCAUCAAUCGUCGGAUUAUAAACGCAGACUUGUGGAAGCAUCAGAAAGAUGUUUUCCUGAGCGUCACCCCCACAGGGGCCAGCUCCACCAAAGCAACAGGUGAUGCAGCUCUACAGUUAAAUCAGGGAAGGCUAGAGAAGAGUGAUUCUCUGGAGCCUGCAGCGGAGCCCAGAGAUGCAGAGCCUGCCACUGAUAUGCCACCACCCCUACCCUUGUCAGAGGUGGGAGGGUUCAUGGAUGUCUACGUGUCAGUAGCCUGCCAUCCAGGUCACUUCAUUGUCCAGCCUUGGAAAGAGAUACACAAUCUGGAGGUCCUCAUGGAGGAAAUGAUCCUGUACUACAGCAUGGCAGAAGAGAGACCAGUGAACAUUGGAACAAACAAGUUAUAUGCAGCUAAAAUUGAAAAUCGGUGGUACAGAGUGAUAAUAAAAGGAAUUCUUAGAAAAGGCUUUUUGUCAGUGUAUGUGCUGGACUACGGUAAACAUGAGGUUAUCAGCAUAGAUAAAGUACAGCCACUCCUGGAGAAAUUCAGGAAGCUUCCUUUCCAGGCUAUAAAAGCUCAGCUUGCAGGAGUGAAAAGCCAGCAGUGGUCGGAAGAGGCAUCAAUAAUAUUUCGGAAUCGCGUAGAGAAGAAACCCUUGGUAGCACAGAUACAGGCAAUUAAUGAGAGCACUAAUUCCUGGGAUCGAAGAAUAGUCACUUACUUAGUGGACACGUCUCUUCCAGACACCGACAUAUGGAUUCAUGACUUUGUGUCUCAGAGUCUUGCGGAGCUCUCAGAAGCAGAAUAGUUGCCACUUCUGAAACGUAGCUGCUCGGUUUCUGUAGCAAUAAAACAAGUAACAGGUUUCAAAGAGAAUAACUGUUCUUACAUUGCCUUGAAGAGAAUAAGGGGAUAAAACUUCAAAAACAUGUGUUUGUGAAAAAGAUUUGCUUAACAAGUUUGCUUUCUGUUGACUUCAGUUGACUUUAUGAAGUUUUGCACUUUGUUUGCUACUGCAAUACUAGAAUGUUUGUGUGGAAAUACUAAAUAAAAAGUUAUUUAUCAAUAAAACAGUGCUGAACUGA